UUAAUAUUUGCCACAUUGACAAAAAUGUCUGCCAAUUGAGUCUAAAGUUCCAAUCUCAUAAGCAAAACAUUAAGAAAAUCUGUAAAAACAAACUAAACGCAGACGAACGCCUAAAUAAACCGAUAAAGGAAUCAAAUGUAAGAAAUAAAGCAUAAGCAGAGGGUAUUUAGCAGUCGGUCAGUCGCUUACUUCUUGUCUAGUUAGAGGCUGAAAGAGUGACAGAAAAAACAAGGGUAUUUAGCAGUCGGGCAAUCGCUUACAUGUUAACAAGUUACUUUUACCUGUUGCCCAGACACACACACACACAAACACACACACAAACACAUGAACACACACACAGAGACAAACGGCAAUUGCAAAGAGAAAACGCAAAGCAAAACGGGCAACAAGCAAAGCGAACCAAACCAAAUGCCAAGCAUGUUGUUGUUGUUGUUGUUGUUGUUGUUGUUGUUGUUGUUGUUGUUGCUGCUGUUGUUUAUUGUUGCCCAGCGACAAAGAAUGGCGUGUAUGAACGGGCGUGCGUGUGUGUCUGCACGCCUACGUAUGUGUGUGUGUGUGUGUGUGUGUGAGCAUGUGUAUGUGUGCUUGUUUGUCUGCCUGUGGAUGGCCCGCAACGGGUUUGAUGGCCCCGCGCACAACGACUCCGACUUCGAGUCGGGCUCUUUGGCUCUUUGGCUGUUUGGCUCUUGUCAUUUUUCACAACGUCACAAGCCAAGAAGCUGCGCAGUCGCACAAUUGGGCUAAAAGGCUAAGUAACAAGUGCGCCGAAUUGUGAGCUCUGCUUAAAAAGUGACAGUAAAUAGAACAACAACAACAACAACAGAAGAAGUGAAACAACAACAAAGGGUCAGCCGAAUGACACCAGCAAUAGUUACGGCAGCUGGACCCACGGGGGGGCCAGUCACAGCCGAGGAGAUGCGUCAGAGAUGCGGCACCGUCUACACAUGGAACUGUGCCGGCGAGCUUUAUGGCAUCGAGUGCGAGCUGUGCGAGGAGCGGCCCCUCUGCGCCCUGGACGAGUUCGCCGAGCAUAUGGAGCUGUGGCAUUCCGAUUGGCAGCAGUCGCCCGUCGACGAGCUAAUGCUGGAGGUCUUGGCCGAGCAGUCCAGCGGCGGCGAGGUCAACGAACUCAAGCAGCAGCUGGUCCAAGAGCUGAAUGCCCUCGACGCAGCCCAUCAGAGCCAACAUCUGACCGAAACGCUGCAGCUCAAUAAUCGCAUCAAGUACGAUCUGAACAGGCCACUGCCAGAUGUGGAGCCCCAGAAGCUGACCAGCGAGCACGUCCAGCACCUGAUCGAGCUGUAUCAGGCGCAUCCGCGCCUCUGGGAUCAGUCGCAUCCCGAAUUCCGGGACGUGGACCGCGGCCGUGAAUCGUGGCAGCAGAUAACAGACGCCUGGAGCGCCCACUGCGGCCGGAGCUUCAGUGUGACAGAUGUACGGAUACGCAUCUCGACGCUGUGCCAGCGAUUCCUAAAGCAGCGCGAACGCGUGGCCGCCGAGGGCGAGCUGGAGGAGAGCAUCAAGUUCGUGCACUACGACCAGCUCAGAUUUCUGUGCGCGCAGCAGUCACUGCUGAAGCGGCAGGAGCACUAUGCGCACGAGAACCGCAAGCUGCUGGAGCUCUACGAGCACUAUCCGAUCCUCUGGCACAAUGCCCACAAGCGGCUGCGCUGCGCCGAGACGGUGCGCCAGCGGCACGAGGCGCAUCGCGGACUCCAGCUGGCGCUGCGCAUGUGCGGCGUCAAGCUCUCCGGGCUGGCCAUACAGCGGCGGCUGCAGUCGCUGCGGAAGAGAUAUCGGCUGGAGAAGAUUCGGUAUCUGCACAGCGUGGUGGAGGGCAAGCAGGCGGAGUUUGUGUCCGGUUUUGAGCACUAUGCGGAAAUGGAGUUCCUGCACAAGCAUAUCGAUCCGUAUGUGUGCGCCAGCUGUGGCAAGAUCUUCGAGAAUCUGGUCAGUCAUCAGGCGCAUGUGCAGGGCAACUGCGAGGAGCAGGCGCUGGCGGGCCAGGAAACGGUUCACGAAACGGAUGCGACUGUGGGUGAGCUGAUGGCGCUCGUGGAGAUGGAGCAUGAGGUGGAGGUGGAGGUGGAGGCGGAGGCGGAGGUGGAGGUGGAACCAAAGGAACAGCUGGCAACGGAACACACGGACGAGCUGCCAGAGGAGCACACGGAGCUGUUGGAGCCGGAGCCGGAGCCAGAGCAGGCGCAAACGGAGGCAGAGAUCGUGGCGGAAGUGGAGUCACAAGCCCAGCCGGCGGAUGAGAUAACCACGCGGCUGCACAGUUUAGCCACCGCCUGCGCCGAGGACGUGCAGCCGACAGCGGUCGGCGCCGGCGAAGAUCUGACGGAGACCUCCUCCGAGGGCAGCCUGUCGCCGGGCGUACAGCUGCGCAUGCGGCUCAGCCUGGAUCUGACGCACCGGCUCAUCGAACUAUACCAAGAGCAGCCGCAUCUCUGGGAUCCCAAUCACCUGGACUAUCACGAUCGCCAGCUGCGGCGCCAGGCCUGGCACGGCAUUGCCGCCGAGCUGAACGCCUAUGCCGGCUGCCCGGGCCGCUUCGGCUGGCAGAUGCUGCACCGCAAGCUCACGGACUACAUCAAGUACUAUCGCAGGGAACGGCAGCGGGAGGCUCUGGCCGUCGAGGGCAGCGGCGUGGGCACACGCUGGGGCUUCUACGAGGCAUUCAGUUUCCUGGACGACGUGGUGCCCAUCAAUUGUGUGCUCCAGAAAUCGCUGCAGCAGCGCGACAGCAAUCUAAAGAUCAUACAGGUCUACCAGAGCUACGAGCAGCUCUGGUGCACUCAGCAUCCGGACUACACCAAGCGCAAGCAGCGCUUGCGGCACCUGGAAUCGCUGUGCACCCGCCUCCAGGAGGAGUGCAAUCUGCAGAUCAGCGUGGAGCGUCUCAAGAGCCGCCUCAUCGAGUUCCGCUGCCAAUAUCGACAGUGCAAGGAGGCGCGCCAGGCGGCCCUCAGACGCGGCGAGGACUGGCAGCCCAGCUACGAGUACUAUGUGCCGCUGCAAUUUCUGGAGCUGCACAUCUCGCCCUUCGGCUGUGGCCACUGCUCGGCCAGCUUCAAGCGACGCAGCGACUAUUUGCGCCAUCAGCGCAAUGUGCACGCGGAGCAGCUGCAGCAGGAACAGGAGCAGGAGCAGGAGCAGGGGCAGGAGCAGCAGUCACAGACGCUGCCGCGUCAGCGUCGUCGCGGCAGAUCGAACCAGAGCCAGAGCGUUGGCCAAAAUCCGCUCGAGCACAUCUGCCACAUCUGCGCAAUGAAGUUCUCGCUGCGCAGCAGCCUCCAGGCCCAUCUGCGGCGGCAUCUGGGCCAGCGCACGCAUGCGUGCAGCGACUGCCCCAAGAAGUUCUUCAACUCGACCGCGCUCCAGGUGCAUCGGCGCAGCCACACCAAGGAGCUGCCCUACGUGUGCGAGCACUGUGCCCGGGGAUUCGUGAAUGCCAGCAAACUGAAUCAGCAUGUCAAGCGGCACACGGAGAAGCGCGAUCAUCCGUGCAGUCGCUGCGACAAGGCCUUCUAUACGGCCCACGAGCGAGAUCGCCAUAUGCGCGCCCAUCUCAAUAUCCGGGACAAAGUGUGCCCGUAUUGUGCGCGCGCCUUUGUCGUGGGCAGCGCCUACUACGCCCACCUCAACCUGCAUCGGGGCGAGAAGCGCUACAGCUGCUCCGGCUGUGGCCAGAGAUUCGCCCAGUAUGCGGGUCUCUACAAGCAUCGCAAGCGCUGCUCGGCCAUUCAGUCGAAGGAACUGAAGGAGAAGUGAAUGCCCGUAACACUCAUUCACUCGCAUUUCAUUCAUUCAACCGAUUCCAUUUAUAUCACAUCACAGACAUAACUUAUCCUUUAUGCUCUAUUAGUGCAAUUUUAGUUUUAGUUCCUGUUUUAUUACUCAUUCGUUUAUUCAUUUGCAAUGAAUACCUUUAACACUCACUCGCAUUCACUUGCCCAUAUUCAUGCAUUCAACCCAUUCCACUCACAUUCAAUUUACUUAUUACUUUUCUGCUCUUUUAGUGCAAUUUUAGUUUUAGUUCCUGUUUUAUUACUCAUUCGUUUAUUCAUUUGCAAUGAAUACCUUUAACACUCACUCGCAUUCACUUGUCCAUAUUCAUGCAUUCAACCCAUUCCACUCACAUUCCAUUUACUUAUUACUUUUCUGCUCUUUUAGUGCAAUUUUAAUUUUAGUUCCUGUUUUAUUACUCAUUCGUUUAUUCAUUUGCAAUGAAUACCUUUAACACUCACUCGCAUUCACUUGUCCAUAUUCAUGCAUUCAACCCAUUCCACUCACAUUCCAUUUACUUAUAUCUUUUCUGCACUUUUAGUGCAAUUUUAGUUUUAGUUUCUGUUUAUUACUCAUUCGUUUAUUCACUCGCUUAUUCAUUUGCAAUGAAUACCUUUAACACUCACUCGCAUUCAUUUGGCCAUACUCACUUCAUUAAGCCCAUUCCACUCACAUUCCAUUUAGUUGUAUUUUUUAUUAUCUUUUAGUUCAAUUUUAGUUUUAGUUCCUGUUUUAUUACUCAUUCAUUUAUUCGUUUAUUGCAUUCACACAUUCAUUCAUUCAUUCAUUUGACAUUUAGCUACAAUAAAUGAUUUCUUUAGUGUUAUUUGAGUUAUUCGUUUUUGUUGAAAUUGCUGUUUGAUUACCUAUUUGAUUCAUUUGUUUAUUCACUUGCACUCAUUUGAAAGAGAAAUUGUUUAAUUCUAAGAAUCAAUCUAAACACAAAUGUUUUACUUGAGCACUCCCUUCGGUUUUCUAUGCAUUCACUUAUUCGUAAAAUUUAUGAGUUAUUUGUACAUUUGUUUUACUAUUUAUUCACUUGUAUUCGCUUGUUACACAUUUAAUUUAUGAUAUGAUUUAGUAAAGCAUUCACAUUAUUAA